AAUGGUGGUCAGUCUUUCAAUCAAUCGUAAAAUCUGAGCUCAAAAUUUGCUUUGCUUGGAGAAAAAUGUCAGCCAUGAGCUGUUCUUACUCUUCCGCCAGUGUUUUCUUCUCUCUUAAUAGUUUAUCCAGAAGGCGGCAACCGUCGAUUCUCUCUUUUUCAAUUUCACCGCCGGCAGAAUCUGAACAGAAAUUUUCAUUUUCAGCUCUCCAGUUAUGGACACGGAACCGCCUCCCUAUAUUCACUUACUGCAGCACGCCGUCUUCUUCUACCUCAGCUUUCGACCUCUCCCCUCCCCCAAUUGACCAAGACCUUCUGGAAACUGUAACUGUGGCUGGGGCAAAACUAUCGGAUGACGGAAUAGUCGAAACAUUCAAUAAUGACGAUGAGGCACUAGAAGCAUCUGAAAAUGGUGUUGUGGUAGUGGAUCUUUCACAUUAUGGUCGGAUAAGGGUUAGUGGAGAGGAUCGUAUUCAGUUUCUCCACAAUCAGAGUACCGCAGAUUUUGAAUCUCUUCAUGAAGGACAGGGAUGCGAUACUGUUUUUGUGACACCUACAGCUAGAACAAUUGAUCUUGUCCAUGCAUGGGUUAUGAAAAAUGCAGUUACAUUGGUAGUUUCACCUGUGACUAACCAAAGUCUCAUUCAGAUGCUGGGAAAGUAUAUAUUUUCUGCUGACAAGGUAGAAAUUCAGGAUAUAACCAAGCAAACAUGUUUGUUCGCCUUGGUUGGACCUAAGACUAACCAGGUUAUGGAAGAAUUAAAUCUUGGAGACCUUAUUGGACAACCAUAUGGAACACAUUCACACUAUACUGUGAAUGGGAUGCCAAUUACGGUUUCUGUGGGAAAUCCGAUUUCUGAAGAAGGAUUCUCUCUGUUGACAAUACCUGGUGCUGCUGAGUCAGUGUGGAAAACUCUUCUCAGCCUGGGUUCAGUUCCAAUGGGUACCAACGCAUUCGAAAGACUGAGGAUUUCCCAAGGACGGCCAGAACCUGGUAAAGAGCUAACAAAUGAAUAUAAUGUUCUAGAGGCUCAUUUGUGGAAUGCGGUUUCUCUAAACAAAGGUUGCUACAAGGGACAGGAAACCAUAGCGAGACUCGUAACAUAUGAUGGGAUCAAACAAAGACUUUGGGGACUUAGUCUGUCAUCUCCAGUGGAGCCUGGCUCUGCCAUUACAGUUGACGGCAAGAAGGUUGGAAAAGUGACUAGCUAUGCAAAGGGAAGAAAGAAAUCAGAGCAUUUUGGAUUAGGUUAUAUAAAAAGACAAGGAGCUUCUGAAGGAGAUACUGUUGUGGUUGGAGAUAACAUUCUGGCAACAGUUGUGGAAGUUCCUUUUCUUGCGAAGCAACGCCAUCCGCCGCCAACCUCAAAGCGAACAACAUCGCAAUAAUGAAUAUUUAGAUCAGUUGUCGGAUUGCUGCUUCUGUACUUCAUUCAUUUCAUUCUCCUUAAAUUGAACUGAUGAUAUGAUAAAUUGUGACUAUGACUAAGUGGAAGAAAAUUGUGAUGUUUCAAUUUGAGAAAAAAAUUUAUUACUCCUUAAUUGUGAGGUUAUAAGUUUGAAAAUAUCA